AUGGCCACGCCUACGACUACGACCACCAACGCACGCCACGGUCAGGAGCAGCACACUCUGCUGCCGAUGCGGCAAGAGCCCUUCUUCCCUCUUGCAAGCCAGAAGGAGCUCUACACCGAGAUGGACAGAUGUGCAGCGCUCCUGAGGAUCGAGACCCAGGAACUUGCCUCCUUGAGCGAGGCCCAAAGCACCGCCGUCACGCACAACGCACAGGAGCUCUACGUGGCGAUGGUGCAACUGGCCAACCACCUUCACCAGGUCACCCACGACCUCCACCACCACCACCAGCGAUACUGC